CCGCCCGCCCGCCCCACUCUGGAGAUAAGGCUCUCCGCCUCCGCCUCGCAGCCUCCCUUCUAUCCUCUCCGGCACGAGCCGUCCAGUUCAGUUCACCUCGGUCCGGGACCGCGACUACACCGACGGCGGCGCGUCCGAGCCCAGCCGACGCCGAGCCAAUGGUGACUCCAGCGACAUUCUCCCUCCGCCCCAGCGCGCCCCCCGCGCCGCCUCGUGCCGGGCUGCCCCGCGCUCGGGCCUGUUUCGCGCCCGCCAUCCGCACCUCCCCUUCCGUCGCCUUUUCCUACCAGCCUCGGCGCUUCAGUGGCAUCCGCCGCGCCGUGGCCGUCGACUCCGAGCAGGGCUCCCCCGAGUCUCCAGAGCAGGAGAAGAAGCCCAAGACGUACUACUUCCUGGUGGCAAACGCCAAGUUCAUGCUGGACGAGGAGGAGCAUUUCCAGGAGCAACUCGCCGAGAAGCUGCGCAACUACGCCGAGCGCGACAAGGAGCAGGACUUCUGGCUCGUCGUGGAGCCCAAGUUCCUCGACAGGUUCCCCAACAUCACCAAGCGCCUCAAGCGCCCCGCCGUCGCGCUUGUCUCCACCGACGGCAACUGGAUCACAUUCAUGAAGUUAAGGCUAGACAGGGUCUUACAAGACCAGUUCGACGCAGAAUCAGUUGAAGAGGCAUUGGCUUCUAACCCUGUUGAGUUGAAAUUUGAGAAGCCUGAGAAAUGGACAGCUCCGUACCCUAAAUAUGGGUUUGGAUGGUGGGAACCCUUCUUGCCUCCAAAGUUCAGCAAUGGUACGGCAUAGAGAUAAGCAGCAAUCCCUAUGAGGCAUGUUAUAACACGAGGCACUACUACUUGCUCAGUCUACCAGACCAGAAUAAAGACCUCUGUGCCACGAAGCACGAACAAAUGGACAAUGCCAAUCACAAUAGUAAGGACGGACUAACCUGAACGGUUAUUAUGGGUCCGUUUGGUUUCUUUAGUCUCGAGACUAAAGUUUAGUUAGGAGACUAAAGUUUAGUCCCUAUUCUGUUUGGUUCUAGGACUAAAAGUAUUCAAAACACAUUAAAUAAAUCAUAAGAAGACUAAAAUAUCCUUUAGCAUUCUCCUGUCAUUAGUGCAACUGAAAUAAAGGAAGAAUAAAAAGUGUAAUUUAUAUGGUUUAGUCUCUUUUAGUCACCCUUGAAGGAUUAGAGACAAACAAUUUAGUCCAUGUUUUAGUCCCACCGAUUGACAAUUUAGGGACUGAAAUUGAGAGACUAAUCUUUAGUCCCUCAAACCAAAUGGGGCCUAUGAAGUACAAUUGUUUAUCCCUAUAA